GUCAUAGGUAGGUAUAUAAAAUAAAUAAAAUUUUCGUAAAAAUGUAAUAAAAUUAUGAUCAACAAAAAGAAAUGAAGACGAAUGUGAAGAGGGAUAUUAAAAUAAUCGAGUUGGAAUCAUAUGUAAAUGAUCUUAAGGAUUUCAGUAACCAAUUCGAUACGAAAACAGAUGUAUGCACUUGUAAGAGAACACGAAAGAUUCACGAAAUUUCUGAGAAUUUGAGUGGCACAGAGAUUGGUGUUAGUAGUGUUAAAACACUACCGAAACGUCGAACUAGACGAAUAUACGCGCGUGAUACUAAACAUACUAAAGAUACUGGAGUGGGGAGUAGCGUGGUUUUACAAAAAAAAGAAAUCAGCUAUUAUGAACAUAAGAAGACAUCAUCCAAAUGUGUUGGUGUUUGGGAAUCUAAAAUUGUACCAGUUUUAAGUAAAAAAUUAUCACCGAUAGUUCAAACUGAAUCGCACACAACUAGUACACUUGAUAUAUCAAAUAAAAAUAAGAAUAAUUCAACUCAAACAGACAUAAAAGAAACGAAACCAAGAGUCGAUAAAUUACCAGAAGCAGCUAAAGUUAAAGUUGACAAAGAAUCAUCCGAUUCGCUGGUUCAACACAUACAUAAUCUUGAGAAUCCCAGCUUUGACAAAACCUCAGUAGAUCUAAUUGAAAAUAAACUAGAAAGAGAAUAUAGGAAAAUGUUUGCAACAGACGUAGGGUCUGAUUUAAAACGCGCUUCUGUGAGAAAGCGUUUCGAAAGUUUGCGAAAAGGAAUGUCUAGAAAUGACUCAGUAAAGAGCGUAAGCCGCAAGGAUGUGUCCAUAGCAUCCGAUCCACCGUCGUUGGAAGCAAAAUCGUAUUCAAAUACCAAAGUAUACAGUCCAUACACUUCAUUCACACAAUACAAAGGUACUAAACCACCAGAAAAAUUGAAUUCAUCCACUCAUAUUAUAGAGAGCCAAAGUGUAAGAGGCAUGUUUAAGUUGUGGGGAAAGAAAUUCAAUCUUGAAGAAGGAAAGGAAAAGAUACCAGAAAAAGUUGUACAGAUAGUUGUCCCGGGUAAAAGUGGAAAGAAAAGCAAAUUUUUCUGCUUCAAUAAGCGCACCAAACGUGAUAAAAAAAGUGUCACAGCUAACAGAUGCGAAGUUGGAUUGAAAGUUAAAAUGAAUUCGAAACAUGAAAUUCCAGAGAAAUGUCAAAACAACUCAAAGGGAUAUUUUAAUAGCACGAAAGAGUUGGUAGUGGAACUCGAAUCGGAUAGAUAUACAAAUGAAAUGCGGAAGUCGUGGCUGAAGAAGUUUCUAACCAGCAAAGUUGAUUCGAAACAAAGCGUUAAACUUAGGUGGAACAACAAAAUGUACUCUACAAGCAGCAGCACAGUGUUUGAAUUACUCGACUGCGUUUACAAAAACACAGUCAUCCAAUCGAAAAGUGAAAUUUCGUGUUCCCAAAACAAAUUCAUGCCGAGAACUAUCGAAGCCUGGAUGAUACCACAGAUAAUUACGCAAAUGAAUCCCCAGGUGAUGGAUGCACAGAUAGUAAAUCCCCAGAUUACAACUGUAGAUGUGAUACAGAAGCCGUAUAGGAAGAACAUCAAAGUGACGUAUUUAGAUCGGAAAUGGUAUAUAGACAAGUCACAUAGGGGCAAUAAAAUUGAAUUAGUACUUCAUUCAAAGAAUUUGAUAGACUCGAAAAGCUCUGAUUAUAUUCUGAUAGAUAUACCGAAGGGUUAUUUCACAGAUUCAAUGGAAUCAAGUCAAAGUGAAGAAGUUUUUAAAAUAACUGAUUAUGAAUCUCCAAAUUCUAAACCGUCGCUUUUAAAGCGUAAUUUGGAUACGGGUGACCAUGUUCCGAUAGAAAAUGAUAAUAAAAGUAUAUUAAUAAGUUCUAAUGAUGUAUCGGUGCCAAUUAGUGAUAAAGAGAGUGUUCAAGAAUUACCAAGAGGGGUCAAUGAUGAAAAAAUGCGAAGUACAGAUGAAGAAAUUGAAUAUAGCGACUAUAAUCCCAAUGAAUGUGAUCAUGCUGUAAAAGAAAGUGGUGAUACACAAAAUAAAGAUAGUGAUUUAAAGGAAGACCGUGAAAAAGAUAAUGAGAGUGAUAAUUUUAAUGAAAACGAAGAAAGGCAAAGGGGACAAAGUGAACAUACAUUAGAGCAAAUUGGGGACACUAUAUUAAAUAAGAGCGACGCGGUCAUUCAAGAAAAUGAGCACAUACAUUGUGAUGUAAUCGGUGUUGGGAUAAUUACGCAGAGAGAUAUAAGAGAUAUUAAGAAGCCAAUAUUAAAAAUCCAAGAUACCGAUUCCGACUCAGGUCAUAAUCUACCUCCACCGAAAAAGUGUGAAUUUGCCGAGAGUUACCUCCAAGAAUACUGCCGAAACUGGAUUCCUUUGGGCAUAGAUUUCUUCUCUUGGUGCGUGAGUGAUACCCAGAUAAAGUCAGACUCCCACACCAGCCUUAACAAUCAAGGUGACGGCUCCAAAUCCUGCCCGAAUAUGUAUGAAGAACCAUCAACUGUGGUAUCUUCGUACAAUUCGUCUUGUAGCCACUGUCUCGCGUUGGAAGAGGAGCCGAAGAGGCAGAAUUUCCUGAGUAAAUUUUUCGGAAAAUCAGACAUUGCCAGCACGGAAGCUCAGUCUACUUCGGAGCUGAAGAGGUUUCAGCCAAAAGAUUCUAUUGAAGUCCUCAAACGUCGAAAGAUUUAUUCUGAAGGAUAUAACGCCAAGUGGAAUAAACUGUGCCCCAAACCGUGUAUAACGCCAGCUCCCGAUUCAAAGCCGAAGAAACAUGUCUCGAUUCCCGAAUGCCAGCCAUAUGAGGUAAAGCAGCCGCCAUGCAAGAAGUGCUAUCCAGGGAUUCUCAACCUUUCUGGUUCCAAAUCUUGCAAGAAAAAGCACAAACACACUUAUGUUGUACCUGACCCAGUUUGUGCCAUACCACCAAAGCCGAUAUGUUCCAAUAUAUGUUCAAAGGAGUGCUGUCCGCCUUGCGCUAAAGACAAAGGAAAAAAGGGUAGGCCAUGUGCCGGGAAAUCUCCUCCAAUUUGCGCAAGAUGUCCACCAUUAACACCAUCUGAAAUUAUCAAUUUAUUGAGAAAAUUCCCUGACUGCCCUUCGUUACCUCAAAGAUGUCCCCUUUGUAAUACACCGAUCAUGCCCCAAAAAUGUUUAAAGUGCUGCACUUUAAUAUUACCCAAAAAAUGUCCAAAGUGUUCUGCACCAGUGUCACCAUUGAAAUGCGCAAAGUGUGCUAAACCUAUUAUGCAACAAAAAUGUCCAAAUUGUCCAUCCAUAACGGUCCCGAUAAAAUGCCCCAGGUGUACUAUGGAAUUGAUGCCCCAAAAGUGUCCACAGUGCUGUUCGAUUCUCGUUCCACAAAACUGUCCGAGAUGCACUUCACAGAUAAUUCCAUCUAAAUGCCCUAUGUGCUCUUCGAUUAUCCAGCCUCCAACUUGUCCCAAGUGCUGUGUUCCUUUACCACAGGAGUGCCCCAAAUGCUCUCCAACGCAAAAAUGUCCAAAAUGUUCUUCGCAAAUACCACCUCCAAAAUGUGGACAGUGUCGUCAGGAGAUAUUACCUAAAAAGUGUUCGCAGUGUUCGUCACCGGUCCUACCACCGACUUGUCCAAAAUGUAUUUCUCAAACGACCCCACAAAUAUGCCCCAAAUGUUCCACAAAGGUUCUAUCUCAAAAAUGUCCCAAAUGUAGCCCUGCCUCUCUAAAAUGUCCGCAGUGCUCUACACAGUUGCCACCUCCAAAAUGUCAGGAAUGCCGUCAAGAAAUAUUACCAAAGAAGUGUUCUAAGUGUUCAUCACCGGUCCUGCCGUUCGUGUGUCCUAAAUGCCGCACCCAAAUCUGUCCACAAAUAUGCCCCAAGUGUUCCAUAGAGGUACUACCCAAGAAAUGCCCUAAGUGCUCACCUCAGUCUCCUAUUAAAAAAAUCAUAUCAGCAAUUUUUCCCCCUAAAUGUCCUAUAUGUUCUUGUCCACUCAAGCCCCAAAAUUGUCCAAAAUGUUGUACUCCUAUUCCCCCAAAAUGUUGUCCCAAAUGCUCUAUACCUAUAGCGACACCAAAAUGCCCUAAGUGUAAUUCUUCAGUUUCAUCAAAAUGUCCCAAAUGCUCAUCACCAUUGCCUCAAUCAUGUCCAAAUUGUCCAGCACAGUGCCCAAAAAGCUGCUCACCGAUACGUGUACAAAAAUGUCCUAAGUGUUUCGUGCCUAUAUUAACCCAAAAAUGUCCAAACUGUUGUUCGUUAUUAUGUCCUACUAGUCCCUCAGAAACUUCAUUACGAAGUUCUCAAAACUCACCAACUAUUUCACAAAAGCCUUCAACUCAAAGUAUACCUGACUUCGGUAAUCCGUCUCAAGCGAAUCCACAAAGACCUAAUUCAAUGUCUGGUAUAAAACUUGCAAUGCCCAGGUCUUGUCCUCCUUGUCCACAGCCAACACUGAACUUACCAGCUCAAAGUUCAUCAAAGCAAUCUUUAAAUGAUUGUUCAAAUUGUCGAAAUCAACGGCAAGACUUUAAUUUGAAGGAAACACCCAGCUCACAAGAGAUAAGAGAAGGAUAUAACCUUAAAGUGCAAGAUGAGGAUGGUCAAACGUUGUACGAAAGGAUUGAUUACAGAUCUAAUAAUCCUCAACAGUAUCAGAACAAAAUAUGUGGAGAUUCUUAUAUUCACAGAGUGUCAACGCCCUCUAUUGUUCUCAACAAAGUAGGGCUAAACGAAAACGAUUCUCAAAAGAAUAGUCACGAAAAUUUAUUAGAAAUUAAUCUAACACUUAAAUUUAAACAAGGCGAUAAAACUGAAAUUAAUGUUUGUAAUCCAGAUACACAAAGGGAAGAAAAGCAAGAAGCUAUUAAAGCAAAAGAAAUCUUUCACAUGCAAGAUGCCAAAGAGGCUAUUGAUACGGACAAAAAUGAUGUGAACAUUAAAAUUUUAAUUAAAAACUUCACAGGAAAUGAAGAACUCAAAUCUAAGCAUAUUGACAAAUCUAAUCAACAGACCGAAUUCAGUAAAAACAUAACAAAUAAAUUUCAAACCGUUUCCACAGGUUACAGUGAAUUUGUUUUAGAUCAAACUUUGGACGAAGGAAUCUGUACAGAUUAUAUAAACACAGAAAAGUCAUGUGUAAACAUAAAACAAGAACAAGUUUUGACUGUAUCAUCAAUUAGUUUUACAGAGCACACGGCUACAGAUGUAAGUUCUAUAAAGAACGAUGUAGAUUUCGAUUUUAAAACAGAUGUAAGCGAAAGAGACGCUACAGAGAAAUCAGAGAGUUUAUUUACAGAUGAAGAAAAACACGAAAACUAUUUCAACGAAACUAUAAAAAAACUGCGCAGUAAGCGAGAAAAGAAGGAAAUGUUAAAAAAGCUAUUUGAACAAUCAGAUGUAAUUGAUAAAGAAAAAGUUAAAAGCGUUCGACAAACAUUGCAGGCAAUACUAACCGAUAGCGAUGAUUCAACUGACCAAAGAGGACUAACAUUGUUAAAACCUUAUUUCAGAAAUGACAGCAUGACAAACCUCUAUGACUUUGACGAUACAAUAAUAGAAGAGAAUAAAUCGGACGUUCUGUAUCCGACGAAAGAAAACAGCACUGACAGUGAAACACCAAAGCGAUGUAUGUGUAAAACGCUGGCUGCUAAACUCAAUAUGGAUUUCCCGAUCAAUCCAUGCUGCUGUCGAGGGUGUGAUAAAAAAGACGAGGAAGUCAGCUGCGACCUACAACUUGUUGACGUACAGACGCAAGAUUCAAGAAGACGAACAUACGUAACUAACGUGUCAAUGGUCAAAAAGUCAUUUAAAGUUUUUGAUACAGAGACAGAUUUUGUUGAUAUCCUGCAAUCGGAAGAGUUGAAGAAAGCUGUAUUGGAGAUAUAUGCAGAGAAAACAGCGACAGAAGAGGGUACGCGAUACAUAGCGCGGCUGCCUAAACUUGUUUUUGGCAAUGAUUGACAGCUGGCAGUCUGUCAAGUGAUAUGACGUCUUAAAAUUAGGCGCCAUCAAUAUUGCCAUUUGUUUUUUUCUCCAGUUUUUUAUUACUUUUGUUUUUUUUUGUAUUUCUAUUUUUAAUAUAUUUUUCAUUAUUUGUUUU